AUGUCCUCCAAAUACGUUUUCACAAAGGGCCUCAAGGAGCUGCGGUUCCUCUUUUGCCAGACCUCUGAGCACAGCGCUGCGACACGGUCCUUCCUCCUCCGCGCCUAUCCCACCAUGAAGAAGCACAACCCGCACACCCCGAUCCUCGUCCGCGAGGCCUCCGGCACCCUUCCACGUGUCUACGCUCGAUACGGAUUCGGAAAGGAAACGGAGGAGGCUCUGAGCGGCCUUUCGGAUCAGCAGAUUGAAGAAAAGAUUACGCAAUUGGUCAAGGCAUCCUCAUAA